CGGGAGGUUUGCAUGGUGGCUGAGGUGUCGUUGGUCAAGAUAGUCGUCGGGUCAGGCGAUGCAUGUCAUUGCAAGACAGACAUUCUACGAGAAGAAGGAAAGUGGAAAAAUGGACAAAUAAGGUGUUCAAUCACGCAUGCGGCAUGCCUAUCUCUGUGCCUGUCUGUGCAGAACCUGCUGGUCAAGCAUUCCUCGUAUUUUGCCGCCGCGCUCGACGGUAGUGGGUUUGCCGAGAACGCCACACAGUCCGUAGAGGUGCCUUCCAUCCGCCCCGAGACCUUCAAAAACAUGAGCUGGCUACUGCCGUCGGGAGAUAUGUGCAGCCCUCAGGUGGGAAUAGCAUGCGCGUGCGCAUGACUGCUUUGUAUUGCCGUUCUGUUCGUGUCAGGUGCUCAAGGCCCAUAUCGCCGGCAUGACGGACCUGCCGUGUGCCCUUGACGUGCCCACGGACGGCACACAUGUAGAUGAGUCCGACCAGGGCGAUGGGAAGGAAGAGAGGACGGCCACGGGUGAGGGCCCACCGCAGAACGGGCAGCAGACCGACGGCAGCAUGGUGUACAGCAGCCUGCCCCAUCUGUUGGUCAUGUGUCAAUAUUUCAACAUGGAGGCCCACGUGGCAUACAUCGCUGUAUUCGUGCGUCGAAAACUGGUUGAUCGAUGUCGCCGCCUUUGAUCCUACACAUGAAGCCAGGCGUGCUGGAGAGCGGCGACUUCCCAAAGGCAAGGGUCAUUGAGGCGUUGACUCGUGAGGCCCUGAAACAGCCAGUUGGGGUGUGGCAGCCGCUGAUGGCGAAGCUGCCCGUGGAGCUGAGCAUGAAUGUCUUGGCUCGCGCUGUGGGUGGCUGGAAGGCCGCGGAUGGGGCGAUCAGAAAACUGUGGGGCGAUGGUAGCUUUAACUCGAUCAAGAGCGCGUACCCUGUGACGAUGAACCAAUUUUGCGAGUACUGUGACAGCACACUCUCUGGCCUGUCGAUGUGUGAGACGAUGGAUGACCUUAAAAGCUGUAAUACAAUUAUCCACCUCUACUCAU